GAGAGGGAGGAAAGGAGGAGGGGAUGGAGGGAUGGGGCGAGGCCUGUUCUCUGGGGAAUGGGUUUGGGGGAGACGGGGGAGGAGAGGGGAGAGAGUGGCCCUCUGUGGGGGACAAACAGCAGCAAUGUCCCCCUCCCCCUGACCCUCCCGCCCCUCGACCCCCCUCCUCAACCACACUAGACUCCAUAUCUGGAGAGUUCGCCCUCGUCAUCAACGGACAUAGCCUGGCCCAUGCGUUGGAGGCUGAUAUGGAGGGGGAGUUUGUGUCAACAGCGUGUGUCUGUAGAGCAGUGAUCUGCUGCAGGGUCACUCCUCUACAGAAAGCCCUGGUGGUGGAGCUCAUCAAGAAACACAAGAAAGCUGUCACCCUGGCCAUAGGAGACGGGGCUAACGAUGUUAGCAUGAUCAAGAGUAAGUUAGAGAGAGAGAGGGAUGGAGGAGAGGAUGGAGGAGGAGGGUUGGAGGAAGGGAGAGUGACAGAAGUGCUUGGCAAAGAUGACAGAGAUGGGGAGAGAUGGGAAGAAUUGAGAGAUAAGGGGAACGAGGAGAUAUAUUGAAGCAAAGUGCUCUGGCAGCACAGUCUAUUUGUAAGGUCAUGGAAAGUCCCCAGAAUCCCCACUGUAUUUGUUUGUGUGUAGUUCUCUCUCCUUACGUCCUCUUUUCUCACGCCUCACCAUGCCUUUCACAAUUGUGUGUAUGUAUGUGUGUGUGCAUGCAUGCACGUGUGUGUGUGUUUGUGUGCACGCAUACAAGUGUGUGAGUGUGUGUGUGUAUGAAAAGCAGAAGAGAGGAGGCCUCUGAGGGAGGAGAGGUCCAUGUGGUUUCACAUCCUGUUUUCUGGACAUUACUCAACCUGUGAGUGAUUACUCAACUUGUUGACUG